GGUCUUAAUUUAUGCUUAGUUUGCCUCUGAUGUAUGAAUCGGUUUCCGAAUAUACGGGACAGUGAGACGUCAGCAACAGAGCUUCAUAACCGUAGGCCGAAACAUCACACGUCCUCACUGGAGCUAACAGACUCUGAGUUUCAGAGCAAGGGUUGGCUCUCAGUUAAGAUCGUUGGUGUGCACCAGAAGACAGGUCGAAGUGGUAAGAAUGAUCAGGACAAUCAAUUUCGUUGUGGACGACGUUCCAGAAGCGGCGCAGCUGUCAUCGUAGUUCAUUGCAGUUGUAGGGACACCUUUGUUGGAAAUCUAGACGCCAAGCGAACUUGCAUGGUCGCAUAUUUCUUCCUAUCCAUAGCUUUGGACGUAUCAGACUCCCAUAGCACUAUAUAGAGUAUGCUACUGUAGGUAAAUUCCCCACGCAUUUGUCCGCCUUCGUAAGUACACUAGGGGACAAACCCGCUCUAUACGAACGUACUUUGUAUUCGUUGCCCGACUCGCGCUCCGCGCUGGCUCGAUUAUCUCACAACCUUUGCCUCAUUACUACUCGAAACUGAGGUUUACUAGAGCGAGGCACCAGCGCGCGUAAGAUGAAUUCCAGUGGGACACCUUGUUGCGUGCAGAGCAGCGUCAACAUACUAGAAGAAGUUGACAGUUAACGCCCGGAAUCUAUCAACAAACCAUGGUAUUCAAG